AUGGCACUUAAACCUAAAAAUGAAAUGGAAGCUACGUCAUCACUUUCUGCUCAUUCACAUAAUGACUUCUUGCUAUGUCCGCAAUCAGAAAAGAAUGAAAAGCAAACUUCUACGCGAAAGCUAAACUGCAGAAUAUGUUUGGAAGAAGACAACGAAUCAAACUUAAUUUCACCCUGUGAAUGCCGUGGUUCUCUACAAUUUGUACAUACACGAUGUCUGCAACACUGGUUCGAUGUGAUGCAUACCAGACGCUGUCAAAUAUGCAAAACACAGUAUGAACUCGAAGACCGUGGAAUGAAACCUUAUACUGAAUGGACAUUACCUCAACCACUAAGCGAUGACUGGGAGGAUCAACUGGAUUUUAAAUGCGCCCUAUUUUGGCUUGUAUUCAUGUCACGAAUUACCUACGUUGUACUCAAGUAUGAACAGUUUUCUACUGUUCUUUCACUUUAUCUAUCUGAACAAAUAACUUAUAUGAAACAAUAA